UUGCGAAAUUACCCAGAAUUUCUCCUUAGCUCUGGUAUUUUUUUAAAUGUUGUAAAAUUUUUGUAGGGGCUUCCAAUUGAAACUUUGUUAGAAAUUUAGGAUUUAGGGUUAGAUUGGUUGAUUCCGAACCUAAUUGGUUCAAUGGUUUGUUGAUUUGUUAAUGGGAUUAUGGGAAGUUUCUAGAAAUUGGAAGAGGGUUUAAUUUUGUAAUUAGUUCAUGAACUUGGUGUUAAUUGAUUAAUUAGUUUUCUGAGUUUACAAGUUCUAUUGAGUUAGGGUUUGCUUUUUAUUUAUUGGUAGAAUUUUUUAUUGAAAGAUUUAGAGUGUGUUCUAAUUUACUAGUUUUCCACGGUUGAGUUGUCCAACUAAAACAACAGAUUUGAUAAAGAAUAACACCAAACAUUUAAAUAAUUAUGUCAUUUCUAUGCUUGAUAGAAACUUUUGGCGUUGGCUUAUUCUUGUGUAUUUUCUACUUGCUUGCUCGAUCAUUUUAAAUGGAGUUCAUUGUAAUGAUUCUUGUUCUGCUUGCUCGCCUGAGAGUUUUGGUUCAGUAGGUAAGACUGAUUAUCUGCUUUGCAGUCUUAAAAAAAAAAUAUGUCUACUAAAUUUUGUCAGAAGAAAGUCUAGAAUUACUUAAUAAGUUAAUAGAUGACCGGCCAUGUAAGUCAUUUUAAAAACUAGAAUGUUAUUAAGCUUCUUGCAGUUAGUAUUAAUGGCUCUGCAUUUUUGCUAGUGACAGGAUUUCAUAGUUUUUAGUUUUUACGUCAUUAUAUAUACUCCGUUCUUGCGAGGGUAAGGUUGCGUACGUCCGACCCCCCCUUACCCCUCUUCUUGUUGGAGCAUCUUUGAGGCAAUGGGGUAAUGAUAAUGAUAACAUAUAUUCUGUUCUUGAUUAUAUGUGGAAGUCACUGAUAUUUUGGCCAUCUCACCUUGGAACACUCAGAUACUAGCAUGACAUGACCUUAGAAAAGAGUUCUUGUAGAUAUUAAUCAAGAUAGUUUAGUAAUGAAUUGGUGCCACAAACUCAUUUGUUUGAUAUUCCUUCUCGUAGCAUCUAACAUUGUAGGAGUUAGAGGAAGAAAUUUUACCAAAAAAAGUCAACUAUAGUGGUUUAGUUUAGGGCCAUUAAUAAUUUAAGUGUUGGUUUUUGUCAUUUUUAGUGUUUGUUAGUUUAGUUUAGGCCCGAACAAGAAGAUAAUGGAGUUGAUUAAGAAGAAAGAUAACAGCCCGCCUAAUAGCAGAAAUUUAAUUAAGAAAUUUUGGAGCACUAUAGGCUACUUUCAGUGUUUAAAUUUGAUCAUUGAUAGUCCUCAAUUUCAUAUGAAACUGGGUAGUCAAGCUAGGAAAGCCUUGGAGAGAUAAUAGCUCCCUCUUUCCCCUUGUGAAUAAAGUAAAACAAUAUAGACACUAUGUUAAUCUCCAACUAUGUAAUUAUCAUAUCUAGUUAAUAUAUCAUAUACUAAUUACUACGUUUACAUUGUAAUUGCUAGAUUUUCCUAUACGCUAGCUUCUAAAUUUCUAUGUUUCUAAAGCCUUAGUUUUUUCUCUUUCUCAAACUAGUAUGUUCACAUAUAGUAACUAGUGUGUAGCUCGGGCGUUGUCCUGGGUUUUGACUUUUAUUCGGGUCUUUUUUUUAAAAAGUAUGUGCACGUAGAGACGGUGUCAUCGAGGAAAUACUAGUUAAUCAACCAGAUUGCCCAGCUGAACAAUCGGGUGGCAUUUUGUAAAUAAGUGUUCUUCUGGGGGCGGAGUUAUAUUUGAAAACUGAAGGCGUUAAACUAACGCUUGCAAACGGACGUUAACGGAAAGUAGCUCAACUCUACUCUUGACUUAAAUUGGGCGGCUAAAUCACAAAAAAAACUGGUAUUAUGUCAUAAAGCUUCUCCUUCCCCCCUCCUCCCAUUCGUUUCUCUCUCUGCUAACCCCUCUCUUCAACCAGAUCGGCAACUAUCAAUUUCUGGUAGCCGACGACGCGGGCUGGCAAAGUAUUCAUGCAAGGAGUGUCGAUUUAAUGGGCAGGAAGAUGAGUAGUACUCGAACGCGUGGGAAGUUUAAUUUGAAUGAAGUUGCUAAUAAUGAAGUGCGUAGCAGUUCAAAUAGUGAGGUAGAUGAUAGUGAUGACAUGGAUUAUAUCGUUGAAAAUAAUGGUGAAGAGGAUGAUGAACACAAUUCAAAUGUGGUGACCAAUACGUCUAUGAAACGGAAGAGGGGGCGUCCUAAGGGAUCGAAGAACAAACAGCAGAUGAUUGGUGAAAAGAAACUUAAUAAAGAGAAAGUCGUGCUGGAGACGCGAGUAUUCAAGGACAAUAGUUUCACGAGGGGCGGCGAAGUGAAGGAGGCUGGUGAGGUGUUGAUAGUCCUCCAUGAUGAAUAUAAAGGACGGGCUCCCACCAUAAAUUGCAAGAUUGAAGCGUUUGGCAAAAUGAUGCAAAGGUUUGACAACCGAAGGAGAAACUGGGUUAAUGAAAUGGGAUUUGGUGGGCUUUACCAUUUGUGCGGGAAACAUUUGCCCCGGAACUUUGUCUAUUGGCUGAUGACUCGGGUUGACCCUAUUAAUCAGAUUUUCUCAGCCCCGAACGGAAUAGACUUCCCCAUGAGCAAGAACCAGAUUCGUUGGAUAUUUGGACUCCCGAUUAAGGGGAAGGUCAUUCCUAUUUCGGAAAACGAUGCUGAUGAAGAAAUGAAAGCCAAGGCACAGUUUAUACUCGGGGCAUAUGGGAAGACGUGGGAGAGUGAUCACCCAACUAAUACUGGGGCUGUGAUAUCCACAGAUGCUAUUCCGGUGAAUCCUAAAUUUAUCCAAAGACUAGAGGGUACUUGGGAGGACAAAGAUGAAGAGGAGUUUAAGACGAUGUUUUUGAUAGCUGCUGUAGAAAUGGUGCUAUGCCCAACACAAUGUGGAAGAUUGAGUCCAAGUUUGUUAUAUGCCUGUUCACUUGGAAUGCAGGCACGAGAAUAUGAUUGGUGCAAGCUUGUAUAUGAGUUCUUCAUUGAGAGGGCCAAAGUGUUCUGUAGGGACUUCUACACAUUUGGUUGGACCAAAGGAGUUGGGGGUUGUAGCAUGUACUUAGUGAUAUUUUAUCUUGAUCGAUUGAAUAGAAUGCCGUUGCAGUGGGGAGUAUUCCCAAGGCUGAAGGCAUGGGAUAUUAAUGACCUUUUGAAAGCAAGGCAAGCAGAUAUUCUGCCAUCAGGGGAUUACGGAAAGAUUGGGUGUGUUGAUGUUGCGUAUGGGGAUAGACAACAUCCGAGGGCUGCCCGGGAUAGUGAAUGUCCUGAUGAGGAGGUUUUAAUGCCAGCCAUUGAGAAGGAGAAAGUUAUCUCAAAAGCGAGGAGAAAAGGGAAAAGUGUACGGAAUCCUUUCAAAAUCAGGAAUCCUCAGCCCAAUCCGCAACCAACUCCGCACCCAAGUCCGACACCCGAUCCACAACCAAGUCCUCAACCCCAUCCGCACCCAAGUCCUCAACCCCAAACCCACCCAAGUCCUCAACCCCAUUCCCACCCAAGUCCUCAAACCCAUUCGCAAUCUGGUCCACAACCAAGUCCUCAACCUCAUCCGCACCCAAGUCCGCAACCCCAUCCUCAACCAAAUCCUCAACCCCAUCCUCACCCUAGUCCUCAACCUCAACCCCAACCCCAACCACAACCAAGUCCUCAACCAAACCCGCAACCCCAACCGCAACCUACUCCUCAACCAAACCCGCAACCCCAGCCACAACCUACUCCUCAACCAAACCCGCAACCCCAGACGCAACCAACUCCUCAACUAACUCGUACACGAGGUCAACGACGCACACCAUUAUCACCACAUGAGCUUAAUGCUCCUGUUGUAGAUGGUUUUCCCAAGUUAGCAUCGUAUAAAAACGAUGAAAAGCGUUGUGAAGUUAAGACCUUACGUAGGAGUCCGAGAAAGAAUAUGUCGGCAAACAAAACAAUGUCUAGUAAACCGGUUCAAGAGGAAGUUAUGGAGCAAUUUUCACCACCCCAGUCAAAUAAGUUAGGGUUGGAUGGUGGGAAUGGAGGUUGUUCUAGUGGUGGUAGUGUUGUGAUUGCACUUGAAAUGCCAAUGGGCGUAGAGAAAACGGUGGUGGUAUCUGGUAAAAGUACGGGCGUAGAUAAGGCGAAUAAGAUUCUGUAUUUUCAAAGAACUCGACCUCGCCGUGGAAGGAAAAAGAAGACCUAUUUAUCGUUAUCGGACAUUGCUCGGCGUUGGUUUACAAGCGAUAGGAAGAAAUUUAGCUAUAACUUAGUUGAAUUUGUCAACCACAACGGUGGAUCUCUGUCUGGUCGGGGUAAUUUAAAAGGAAUGAGUAUGUGUAAGAUGAUCAAGUGUGAAGAUGGUAGUAAUGUUAUCAUGAACCAGUGCAAAGGGGUGACACAACUAAACGGUUGUGUCCAUAAGCAGUACGUAGACACUGUUGCGAAGUUGUACAAUUCAACUUGGCUUGAGAAGUACUCAGGGAGGAGUUUACGGUACAUGUUGAGUUCCGGCUUUGCGGACAGAGUGUUUAAGGUUUCAGAACCCCGCGACGGAGUUCGUCUAUCCCCCUUAGAAUGCCACAAAGUGGCAGAGUGGAUGAAGUUGCAGAGGGAGAAAAUGUUGGGUGGUUCUGCUUCAAUGUCCACUGACGGGGCUGGUAUUGAUGAUGACGCUAAAGGGUCACAAGUUGCCACUCUUGUAUCUCGAAUAUCGGAGUUGUUUAUCCCUGUCCUGGAUAAGUUAGGAACCCAUACGAACCAUUGGUGGUGCCUAGUUAUAUCUGCAGAUCCUCCAACCAUUUACGUGAUUGACUCCUUACACAGUAAUCCCAUGGAACAGCGUAAAAGUGUAAUUGAUAAAAUGAUAAUUGGGGUAGAGAAAAUGCUCUUUGGCGAUGAAGGUGGGCAUAGUUGGGGGCAACUUCUUUCAUGGGAUAGGAGGCGGAUGGAUAUAGACAUCCAGGAAGACAACCAUAGUUGCGGUGUCCGUAUGCUGCUAUCUAUCAAGGAGUUUUCAGAAGGUUUUGAGGCGCUCCGUAUUACCGACAUGGAAGAAGCUCGUCGGCUAUUGUUCACCCAGGAUGUUCUUAGUCCCUAUAAUGUGGUACGUGAUCAUGUCAUUGACUUAGUGAAUGACACAAAUAAGAAGAGGAAAACGUAAUUAUCCUCAUACUGCGAUUGUAUGCUAAUAAGACUCGAUGAGGAUCCCUAAUGGGGGGUCGAUCAGAACGUAGUUGUAUUACCAUAAAACUUUGUUGGGCCUUGUAGUUUAGAAUAAGAAACAUUUUUUAGUCAAUCGUGUUGUGGAAUGCACAGCCAUUAACCCAAGUGUAUACCAAUGGGCUUUAAUUGA